AAGAAAAUAUCCAUCAGACAUUUUCUCGGCUGACCGCAGGUUUACCAACAUAAGAGCAAUGGCGGACAUUUUUAUUUUUGUCCUUUGUGGUUUCUAUACGGAGGUGUUGGAAGUGAAAAUUUCUAUAAAAUCUGUUAAUAAUUAGUGUCAACUUAUUUAAAGUGAUUAAUUUUGUGUGUCAUACACUGGUGAACACCGCAGUUUAUUGGAAACUUAUAAUAAGCGGUUAUGAGUGGAUAGUCGAAUACUGAUCCAGCUCGAUUGCAGCUGUGGGUACGCGGCAAAUAUACCUACCUACCUACUGAUUGUUACCAAAACGGAUAUAAGGAAUUCAUGUCUAACAAUGGAAGAAAUACUGAUAAACAGGUUAUCCAAAUUUGUCCAAGAAAUAAGGAACUUAACUGAUCAAGGUCACUGCCUUUGUAAGAUCUCAAUAGAUCAGCAUAAUCUAGAAAAGGCACAAAUUAUAAAAACUAAACUUACAGCCAUAUUGUCACGCUUUACAUGUGAACUAUAUAACUAUUUCAAAAUAUGCAAUAACCCUGACCCUGAUGAGAUAUCAGAUUUCACUACUUAUCAACUACAAGGAGAAGAAGUCUUGGCAGAGUUGGACGCCAAGCUGAAAAUUCAAGCGGAUCAACCUUCAACCUCGACAGAAGUUAAUAAAUCAUCAAGUUAUAGCAAGUUACCGGAUUUGAAAUUACCCGAAUUCAGCGGAAAUCUGCUCGAAUGGCAUUCAUUUUGGGAUCAGUUCACGUCUAAUAUAAGACGAAGAAAUUUAAAUGAUGUGGACAAGCUGCUUUAUCUCAAGAGCUCACUCAAGGGAGAUGCGGCAAGACUUGUAGAUGGAUUUGAUACAACAAACCGUAGUUAUAAACUUGUAGUUGAUACCUUAAAAGCAAGAUAUGGGAAAGACAGUGAGAUCAUAUAUGCUCACCAUAAGGCACUUACCAUGAUUAAAAGAGCUGGAAAUAUACAAGAGAGUCGACAAACCUUAGACGAAGUCUCAAGGCACCUUAGAAUACUUCAGUCUAUGAAGGAAAAUACUAAUACCAAUCAGAUUCAAUACCUUAUUAUGGAAAAAUUUCCUACUGAUAUUAUUUACGAAAUCAAAAUGAGAUUGGAUGCUGAGGCAACAAACUCGAUAGAAGAGAUAUUAAAACAACUCUCCAUAGUAAUAUCAGCGAAGGAAGAAGCGAACAGAGUUACUCAAGUGAAUACUUCAAACGAGACAUCACCAUAUACGGUGGAAACAUUACAUGUGAACGAGGCCAAUAAUCCAAGAACAAAUUAUAACUCUAAUGGAACAAAUCACUAUAAGAGGCAAUGGAACACUGCGAAUCCUAGAUCGUCUUCUUGGAAUUCAAGACCAAAUAAUAAACCAACUAAAAGGAAAUUCGAUUCUAAUGGAGAAAGAAAUAAUAAAUUUCAUGGAGGCAAAAAGGAGAAAUGGUCAUGUGUAUUUUGUGAUGGAGAUCACAAAGGUGAAUGCAAUAAAGUUACUGCAAUUGAUGAAAGGAAAGCAAAAUUAAAAGCCAGAAAUAGAUGUUUUAGCUGUUUUAAAACUGGUCACUUAGUACGUGACUGCAAUAAAAAGAAAAAUUGCCAAUAUUGUGGACGGUUUGGUUUCCAUAAUAAAGCAUUAUGUCCGAAGAGACUUCAAAACAAAGUAAAAGAGAAUACGAGCAUACUGCAUAUUAGAGAUGGAUCUACGGUAUUGCAGACGGCGGUAGCUGCGGUUCAAGGUCGUGAUAUUCUUAAGACCUGUCGGAUUUUGCUCGAUUGUGGUAGCCAACGAAGUUACGUCACUCGAGGGAUCGCUGAAGAGCUGAAUCUUCAAGUUGUAGAGGAAAAUAAUUUGGCGAUAUUUACAUUUGGAUCUCAGAAACCUCACGAACUGGAAAGCCCUCUAGUUAAAUUGGCAAUCGUUACACGAGACAAAUCAAUUAAAACCUUUUACGCCAAUGUUGUACCUUCAAUAUCGCACGGAGUUUCACAGCCUGACAAGGAAUUACUGGACUCGAGUACCCAAGAAAAAUAUCCACUCGCUGAUGAUGGUUCAUUAUCAGACCGCAUCGACAUUCUACUCGGAAAUGACUACUAUUUCACCAUCAUAUCUACAAAGAAGAUGUGCAUCAAGGAAGGCUUGUACUUGGUUGAUUCUGAAUUUGGUUGGAUUCUUUCUGGUAAGAUACCGAACAAGUUAAGUGAACAACUGUCGGUACUGACAUAUUUCCAAUCUUCGUGUGAAGUUAAACUGGAUCCACCUGAUCUACCGUUAGAAAGUGGAAACAUAAAACUCUUAUGGGAUUUAGAGUCGAUAGGGAUUACCGAUUCACCAAAGUCCACACUGGAAGAGGAAGCAGUUCAUCAUUUCAAUAAAACUGCCCAGUUUGAAGAUGGGAGAUACCAAGUAAAAUGGCCUUGGAUGCACUACCCUCCCGAACUUCCAUCGAAUUAUGGUCUCGCAAUUGGUAGAUUAAAAAGUUUAUUGAAACGAUCGGAUACUGAGACCCUUGAUACCUACUAUGAGAUCCUCAAGGAGCAGUUGGAUGCCAAAGUUAUAGAAGCUGUCGAACCUUUAGCUUCUAAUAAAACAACUCAUCCUGUACAUUAUUUACCACAUCAUAUGGUACACCAAAACGGAAAACGAGGCCGCAUAGUCUACGACGCCUCCGCAAAAAUUAAUGGCGAAAAGAGUUUGAACGAGUGUUUGUACAGAGGACCAUCAAUGAUAGGAGACCUCACUGGUUUGAUCAUUAGCUUCAGGUCAAACAAGGUGGCUAUGUCGGCUGAUGUUGAAAAGGCCUUUCUUCAAGUAGGCCUUCAAGCAGAAGAUAGAGACGUAACCAGAUUCCUGUGGAUCAAAGACCCUAACAAAGAACUAACCGAUGACAAUAUAAUACAGUAUAGAUUUUGUAGAGUUCCGUUUGGAGUUAUUUCAAGUCCAUUUAUACUAAAUGCCACUAUAAAACACCAUUUGUCAAGCUCUGGCAACGAGAACGUAAGAAAUCUAGCAGAUCACAUAUAUGUGGAUAAUGUCAUUACCGGAACAAAUGAUACAGAAAAGGCUUUGGAACUAUAUCGUGUCUCUAAGGAAACAUUUCAACAGAUUUCUAUGAACUUGAGAGAUUGGAGUUCUAAUUCAAAAGAUUUUAUGCGACAAGUUCCAGAUAUUUCUUCAAAUCAAAUAGUUAAAAUACUGGGUUUAAACUGGCACCUAGAAGAUGAUACACUUCACAUCAAAACAUGUGCAAAGGAUAACACAAAUACUAAGAGAGGUAUCCUAAAAAGCGUUGCAUCUGUGUAUGAUCCAUGUGGCUAUGCCGUACCAGCACUUCUAUCAGCAAAAUUACUUAUACAAGAUUUAUGGAAAAUGAAAAUAAAAUGGGACUCACCAUUACCCAAAGAUAUUGUUGAUAAAUGGGUUGACAUCAAACAACAUUUGAAUGAAAUUGAGGAAGUAAGUCUAGAUAGAUGUUACCUGAAAAAUGCGCAGAGUAACGACUGUGAAAUACAUUGCUUUACGGACUCUUCAACCAGAGCUUAUGCAGCAGUGGUUUAUGUAGUUGGAGAAGAUGAGAAGAGUUUUGUGAUUGGCAAAUCUCGUCUCGUGCCAAUCAAAGAUCAAGAACAUUUGAAAAUACCACGUCUGGAGUUACUUGGAGCAUUAAUUGGAAGUCGUCUGAUACAAUAUGUAACUAAAUUCAUUAAUUUGAAUGUAAGCAAGCAAGUGCUAUGGACUGAUAGUCAGAUUGUCAUUGAUUGGUUCAACUCGAAUAAGCUAUUGACUCCAUUUGUGUCAAGGAGGAUCGAAGAGAUAAAACGUAAUAAAAACUUGAUUGUCAGAUACGUACCGUCAGAACUUAAUCCAGCUGAUGCAGCUACUAGACCAACGAAUUCUAUCGAAGACGGAAGAAAGUGGUUGACAGGACCAGACUUUCUACUUCAAGAUCCGAAUACUUGGCCUACACAUACAAGGAGUGAUACAAUUUUUUUGAUUGGGGAGGAUCUGACGAGUACUGAUGAUGUACAAGAUAAGAUCCCUGAGUCAAUGGUUGUAGAGAAUGAAGAUAACUCUCAUGACGAUCACCAGUUAAUGGAACGAGGAAUAGAAACUGACUCACAUAAUACACUGGAAGAAAUUAGAAAAAUACAGUCAGAAUAUUUUAAAGAGGAAGUGAACGGUAAAGAAACAAGUCUCAGUCGUAACCUUGGAUUGUUCAAGGAUGUAGAUGGUAUCUUACGAUGCAAGGGCAGGUUUAGGAAUGCCAACUGGUCAUUUGAUAAGAGGUAUCCUAUGAUAAUACCUAAGGAUUGUAACUUUACCAAUAAAGUAAUCAAAGAUACACAUGAAAGGAACUACCACGUUGGUGCUAGUCAUACACUAAGUAUAAUUCGGCAAACCUACUGGAUACCGCAAGGCAAGAGACAAGUUUUGAAGAUCUUAAAGAAAUGUCCACGUUGUUCGAAGCAUGGCGGUGGACCCUUCAAACUACCACCCACACCUGCGUUGCCAUAUGAAAGGGUUAAUUAUAGCAAAGCCUUUACGUUUACUGGAGUAGAUUAUUUAGGACCUGUAUUGGUCAAAACAGAGACAGGUACCAGCAAAAGAUGGAUAUGUCUAUUUACAUGCCUUGCAGUUAGAGCUAUACACUUAGAAGUUGUGCAAGAUUUAUCAGCUGAAGAAGGACUAUCUGCUUUUAGGCGAAUGUGUUCUACUAGAGGAGUACCAGAACUUAUUACUUCCGACAAUGCCUUACACUUCAAAUUGAUAUCUGACAUAGUGUCUAAACCAUACUGUGUUCAAAAUAAGAUAAAAUGGCGAUUUAUACCCGAACUUGCGCCUUGGUUUGGAGCUUUCUAUGAACGACUAGUAGGACUAGUGAAACAUUGUAUGCGUAGAACACUACAAAAACACCUAUUGAAUGAUAGUCAACUGUCAACGAUAGUAAAAGAAAUAGAAGCUGUAUUAAACACGCGACCUUUAACCUCUGUUGAUGCAGAACUAGAGUUUAUUUUGAAACCAUCUGAUUUUCUUCAACCUGGCAGAUGUCUCAUAAUGGAGACCGCGCAGAAUGGACUACCAAUACAAGGUACAUCAACGAAGACCAACUUAAUUAAAGGAUGGAAGAAGGCUCGUACAAUACUACAAGAGUUCGAAGAAAUGUUUCAAAAUCGCUACUUACCAAGUCUACGUGAGAGAUAUAAUCACUCGCUUAAACAACCACGUGUGACUUCUAAGUUAAAUCCGCAAGAAGGCCAGAUAGUUCAAAUCAAAGGAGAUAAAAACCGUGAAGGUUGGAAAGUCGGGAAAAUUAUCUCUUUGAUCAAAGGCUCUGAUGGAUUGGUUAGAGUAGCUCAAGUUAAAGUAGGAAACUCUAUCUUUACGCGAUCUAUUGCGCACUUGUAUCCUCUGGAAGCCGAAGAUGAGGAACAAUAUGAUCCAGUACCUCAAGAUACUACCAAGAAUUCAGAACCCAUUUGGUUGCCUUCGGAACAGUCAGUGAAUACACCUGAUGUUGUGACAGAAGACGUAGAUGAUAUCCAUAUAGAUACAUGCAGCAACAAUGAAACUGCAAAUACUGAAGACAUAGAAAGAACUUAUGAUAUUUGAAUGUGACAAAUAAAACGGCAGUGACUGAGAAUGAAAAUGAGAAUGAUAACAGAUUUAAUGAGUUAAUAAAUGAUGAUGAUAAAAUAAUGGACAAUGAAUCAUUGGAACAACAACCUGAAAUAAAUAGACCAAGACGGACUGCAGCGGUUCGAGCCCUUCAAAAGAUAAGGGAAUGGACACACAAUUUAAUGAUUACCUUACAACUCUAAUUGUUCCCGGCGGGAGUGUCGCGGCGUUUCCGCGAGAUGUACAUAUUGUAAUAUAGCAAUACUGAUUAGUCUAUGGUAAGUUGUCUCUGAUAUCGUUAUCUAGUUGCUAUGGUUACCUAACUGUUUUUCACAAGUUCAAACUUCCCACGUGAAGAUAUAAUUUUGAGAUGUGAAAUUAAUAUGUGU